AUCUGUCCAACAAUUCCUACAUCUACUAUCAAGAUAUUGGUGAUGGACGCUAUGCUCUGAAGUGUGUCACUGACAGUGUAAACUGCUGCAAUAACUCUACUGUUGGUGGCUGGAGAGAUGAGAGUGGGAGACCAGUCUACCAGGGAGCAGAUGGGACCACUUGUCUGUAUGUCACUAGAGGAGAUGGAGUGAUCAGUCUACACCACAAGAGAGGUUGUAGUGACCACACAUCAGGACUGUGGAGAUGUGAUAUACCUGAUUCCAGUGGAGAGAUGCAGAGCCUCUAUGCCUACAUUGGAUAUAAAAAGGAUACUAACCCACCUGGACAACUAAACAGCUCAGUAUCUAUGAACUUCACUCUACACACUGAGCUCAGAGCAAGCGUUCCUGAAUUCACUAUCUCCUGCCGUACUCAUGGAGGACCUGCCACAACUGUCCAGUGGACAGUAAAUGGAGUCCCAGUACAGGAAGACAGAUAUCAUGAGACCAGUCAGCUCAUACUGGACACAUCUCUCAACUCUGUCUAUGACAACAGAUUGAGAGUGAGAGGAAGAAGAAAUGGGACCUACUACUGUACCAUCAGCAACAAUAUUAGAGACUAUAUACCUGAGGCAUCCAUUACUGAAGUCAGUGGCUCAAAGAGAAUUGCAGUUGCAGAACAGCCCACCAGUCUUACUGCAGUCACCUCUCGGUUUAACAGUAAAGAUGUCAGUAUCACUGUGUCUUGGGAGUCACAAGACUAUGCCAUCUACUACCAGCCUAAGGGAGGACCAGUCAUCAGUCACAGGGUGUUUGCAUUUGGAGCACUUACUUGAUGGUCUUCAGAGAGGAGUCACCUACUACAUCUCCAUAGUGGCUCUGUCACCUCACCUACCCAGUCCUCUGGUUGGACCUAUCACUGUCAUUCCAGAUCCACUACUGGUAGUAGAGACCUCACCUGAAUCACUCACUACCUCACCAAACAGUCAGUUCUCAGUCAACUGUACUGCCAGAGCUGAGGUUGAUGGACAGAGUAUUCCUGUGGACAUAGAAUGGACCAAGAUAGACAUCUUUUCUCAGUCUGGUCCAUCUGAACUGAUGCCCACUCUUUACACCACAACUGGAUCUCCAGAGAGAGGCUAUCAGAGUGUUCUGACCACCUCUGAGAAUGACACAGGCAACACUAUUAUCUACCGCUGCACUGCUACAGUAUCCAGUUACUCCAACUUCAGUGAAAUUACUGUACAUGUUAAAGCAAUUGCUCCUAGCCCUAGUACUCAGAGUCUCACUCUCACGUCUACCACUGUUUCUGCCAGUAGUUUCACCAGUUCUACCAUUGCUCAAAACAUCAGUGAUGGUGGUAGUGGUGAAGAUAUGCCCACAACUUCCAACAUGGACAGUGACGUUGCUAUCCCCACUGCCACAACUAUCACUCCCAAAAGCACUAUUGCGACAGAUAUGGAGGCACGUACUAAAACAAUCACUCUCACCACUACGGUCACUUCUACUCCUGUCAGUGAAAUGUGUGGAUAUACUAAGGAUAUUGACAAAGAACCAUUUACUGAGAGCACUGCAGUAAUAGCUGGAGGUGUGGGUGGAGGAAUAAUACUCUGUCUGAUCUUUGUCUGUCUCCUCAUUGCCAUAUUUUGCAUCUGCAACAGGUAUUGUGUUUUCACAGAGUGUAAAAUGGUUUGUUGUGUUAGGUUGGACUUUGGUUUAGUUAGCUAAACAAUGACAUCCCCCCUGCAUUUGCCAUCUUGACAGAUCAGCAUACAGUAAGAAGGUGGAGGCCCACAGUAACACAGCCUAUGGAAUGGUACCAACAAGAAGGGAGGAACCUGUGUACGAUGUCAUUAAUCAUCCUCUGAAUCAAAGUGCUGCUAAACUACCUCUGUCUCAAAAGGUCACCACUGCAUCCACUGCCAUGUAACAUUAUGUAGCCAUUUUUAACAAUUUUAGUUUUUAUCUUAGCAGCAAUAUUGGCAAGUGUAGUAUGGGGCCACUGGCCUUAUUGCAUGUGUACUGCUGUGUAGAAUAUUACGAUUCUCAAG